AUGACCCUCAACAUCGCCAUCGUCGGCGCAGGCAUCGGCGGCCUCACCGCCGCCGCAACACUCCGGAAAGCAGGUCAUCAUGUCGAGAUAUACGAAAAAUCGCACUUCUCUACCGAACUCGGCGCCGCGCUCGUCGUCGCCCCAAAUGGUAUCCGCGUCCUGCGUAUCCUGAACUUCUCGUUCGAGAACGCGCGCAGUACACCGAAAUCUGUGUUUGAGUUGCGCGAUGGGCCGGGGUUUGUGCGCGUCGGGGCGGUCGAUCUCCAUGAUGCGGAAGAGCGGUUCGGGGCUCCGUUGUAUACGAUGCAGAGGAGGGAUUUACAUGCGGAGUUGUUGAGGAUCGUUAAUACGAGUAUCACUACUACUGACAUCGCUACGGAUUCCAUCAACGAGGGGGUGAGUACGGAACCUGAGCAUGAAGGCGAGGUGAAAAUCCAUCGUGGCCGCAAGGUGAUUUCAGCCGACGCAGAGCGCGGAAUCCUUUACUUUGAAGACGGUGCCAGUGUGACGGCGGAUUUGAUCAUUGCGGCGGAUGGGCUACAUUCUGUGCUCAAGAGCGUUGUGUUGAAAGAUGAGGUUGAGAGUCCUGCGAAGACUGGGUUCAGUGCGUUCCGGUUCCAGAUUCCGACGGAGCAUUUAAUUGGGGAUGAACGCUUUCAGGACCUCGUGAAGAUUAAAGGGAAUGGGCCUUCUGUGUUGGCGAAUACGAGGGAUCAGGAGACUAUGGAGCAUAUGGUUUGGUAUGAUUGUCAGAAUGGGGAGAUGCAGAAUUUCGUGGGAAUUCAUAAUCGAUUUGAGAGUGAGGAUGAUGACUACAAGACCAUGAUGUUGCAGCGUUUCGGACAUUUUCAUCCCAGCUUGGUGCACGUUCUCAGCAAAGCACCUAACGUGACAAUCUGGCCGUUGAACAUCUUCGCCCCCGUCCCUCGUUGGAACCGGGGCAAGAUCCUUCUCAUCGGGGACGCCGCACACCCAAUGCUCCCCUUCAGUGGUCAAGGCGCCAACCAAGCCAUCGAAGAUGCCGGCGCCCUAGGCUAUCUUUUCGACGGAGUGCAUUCCGCCAACGAGAUCCCCACACGGAUCGCUCUGUUCGAAAAAGUCCGUCGGCUCCGUGUCUCACGCACGCAGUUGAUGUCUAGCGUUCGGGUGGGUAAGGAGGGUGAGAUCCAGACGGAGUUGCGCCAGUAUGCGGAUCCUCCUGGGACAGAUGUGCCGCAGACCUUUUCCGAGAGACUAGCGCAUGAUUUUGGGUUUAACGUCUUCGAUAAAUGCCGCGAGGCUCUACGCGAUCACGAGGCGCUGUUAGUGUCGGAGAGAGUCCCGAAGGGUGACGAGAGCUUUGCAUACAAAAACACGAACUAUGCAGCCUACGGGCAGGAGACGGCGGCGUGA